UACGACCUUUCAACCGACUCAUUCAAGAGGAUGACUCUCAAAAUCCAACGGUGUUAUAAUAAGUACUACUUAAUUAACAACCCAUGUUUAUCCCUAGUAUUGACAAACAGAUGCUCAUGAACUGAAAGAUCUAUAACAACAAGCGACUUCUUUUAUAUAUAAUUGUCGGAGAGAUCGUGGAACAAAGAUUAGGAUAUACACAGGGAUUAUAUAUUUUGGCCUGAUAGAUUGAGAGAGGCUAAUGGUUGCUAUGCUAAGACAGAAACAACAGCCAAAUAUUUGAUUGAGUAUAUAUGAGAAGCAAUCGAGGACCGUAAUGAUGAAUAGCAGUACAAGUCUUGGUGUUCCUCCGCUCCCAAUAAAAGAGGCAAAAAGAAUGAGCGCAGAGUGGGCCGAGUUACCGCAAGAAAUCGUUGAAUAUAUAUCAAAAAGGUUGAUGAUCUACAUAGACUAUCUCCGAUUCCGAUGUGUAUGUCGACCUUGGAAUUACUAUGUUCCCAAAAUCCCUCUCCAUCUACCUCCUCAACUCCCAUGGCUCAUGCUUUCUCACAAUUCCUUUUUUGACCUCUCCACCAACAAACUCCACAGCCUUAAUCUCCCUUCUUUUUCUCACCAGACUCUUAUCAUUGGUUCUUCUCAUGGUUGGCUUGUUAUUAUCGACGGAUAUGGCGAGGUUCAUCUUCUUAAUCCUAUAAUAUGUGCCACAGUCUCUCUUCCUUCUCUCUGCGCUUUUCCUGAGUCGGUUAGAAUGCUUUUUUUGGAUCAUAAUAUCUACCUUAUCAAAGUUAUCUUGUCAUCUAGCCCUUUGCUCAACAAGGACUUUGCCGCACUCGCUAUUCUCAGUCGUAGAAACUUAGCAUUCUGCAAAAAAGGCUAUGAUUCUUGGGUUCUCUUCAAUGUGAAUGAAAAUCACCACUGGAUAGACGCUGUAUACAAAAACGGUCUGUUUUAUGUUGUGAGCGUGAUAGGAACGGUAGCGGUUUGCGAUGUUGAGGGUCCCAGUAUCUCCAUUAUUGAGACGACGAUCUCUACUGGUUCCUUGCAUAGAAUCUGCUAUGUAAUGUUCUCCGGGGAGGACAUGUUGAUGGUUACUCGGGAUUUUACAUUGGAAUUUGAGCCUCUGGAGUUUGGGCCAGAACCCGAUGUUUGGACAGUAGGGUUUGUGAUUUAUAAGUUGAAUUGGAAUUUGCUCAAGUGGGAGGAAAUUCAAACUUUGGGCGAAAACUCGUUGUUUAUUGGAAAGAAUUAUUCGCUUUCCUUUUCUGCUGCUGAUUUUGUUGGAUGCCGUUCAAAUUGUAUCUAUUUCACUGAUGAUCUUGCUGGGAAACGGGAUUUUGGCAUCUAUAGUUUAUCAGAUGAGUGCAUUGAGCCGUUGCCCUGCAAUCCACAAAAUUCGUAUUGUCGUUUUGGGUGUCCAAUUUGGGUUACACCAAAUCCGCAAUGAGCUAAAAAUCUCAAUGAUCUUGUUUACCAUAUUUUGAUGAUGCACACUACACUCAACAUAUUGAGUCAUGGACAUCUCAAGAAGUGUGGCUUUACCUGUACCGUAAGACAGAUGGAAAAUUCAAAGCAAUCUUUACUGUGGUUUGUGUUCUUCUUUUAACGGUAAUGACUUUUGGUGGUAAUGUCUCAUUGAGAUCUAUUGUUGCAGCAUAGCAAGAUCAGUGUAUUAUUGCAAUUACCUAGUUUACUGAAAAUUGUCUUGUAUGUGAAUGUUGUCUUGUAUACUAUUUAUUUUGGUGAAUUUGGCAUGGUUUAAUUUUCAAAAGAAAAUUGUGUCGUGCUGGAUGAAAAUAGUAUUUUGAUGUUAAAAAUUUGUAGAGUAUUUGAGGUCAAAUUAUGUGUUUUAGACUUAAA